AUGGAAACCCCCAACACACGGCACAGUGAUUUAAUGGAGUGCGUGAGCAACGCGCCAGAGAGGCGAGGGCUGGGAAUUCGGGGUGCCAGGGCUGGGGGAGCCCGGGGAAACCCCACGUGUCGCUCCCAGCCCAUGGCUUUCGAACCCGGCCCCAGCCCACGGUGGCCUCACGGCCCCAAGGCAGGAGCCAGGUGGCAGCUGCACACGCCCCGAAGAAGGAAAAGCCAGUUUGAUGUGCCUUUGCUGGGCAAUUUGGAAUCGCAGCUUUCUCCCUCUUCCCGGGAGCCGUCUCCCCUCAAGCCCCCGCGCAGGGCUCGGGCUGUUUGCUGGGCAGGGCCAGCGUGGAAAGAGACCUUCGGAGGAAAUGCUUCAGUUUCGGUGUUUUCACCCUGCCUGGGCCCCUGCCUCACCCCGGCGGUCGGGGUCGGUUCCCUUGCAGGCCGGACCUGUUUGCACUGGGCCUGUAAGCGGAACCAGGCUCAGGUGGUCUCCUGCCUGCUGGAUGCCGGUGCAGAUAAGCAGAUCCUCACCACUAAAGGAGAGCUGGCUGCACAGUUAACUUCGAAACCAGACAUCCGCAAGAUUUUGGGAGAGGAAGAAACGGAGUGUCAAGGAGCGAAGGAUUUAAAUCUGCCAAUUGUUGCGAACUACUUGGCCCACCCACCAUUCCCUUACGUUUACGCUGAAGAAAGCAUUCCAGACGGCUUGGCAGAAUCCCAGAAUGAAAGUGCUUCCAUCUCUUCUGCUUCCCGGUGCGAAACGAGUCCUUCUUCAUCAGCAACUCAGGUUGAAAGCCUACGCACACCUACGUCGUGCACCAGCGAGGAUGACUUUCCUGCGCUAGCCGCUCCCCCACAGCUGCCCGCCCCGGCAGCCGCUGUCGCCGCGCCACAAUGCGUCGAGCCUGAGGCAGAGACCGGCCCCGCUUGCCAGCCGCCCUUGCCGCGCAGCAGAGGGCUGUGCUCUCCGGCAGCCUCCCACCGGGCUGUACCUCUGCAAACCGACGGUUCGCCCACUGGUCCCGCACCGACGUUUCAGCCCUUUUUCUUUACGGGAACUUUCCCAUAUAACAUGCAAGAACUCGUGCUUAAGGUGAGAGUCCAGAACCUCAGAGACAACGACUUCAUUGAGAUUGAGCUGGACCGCCAAGAACUGACCUAUCGAGAUCUGCUCCGAGUGAGUUGCUGUGAAUUGGGCGUUAAUCCAGACCAAGUAGAGAAGAUCAGAAAAUUACCUAAUACACUGGUAAGAAAGGACAAGGAUGUUGCCAGACUCCAGGACUUCCAGGAGCUGGAGUUAGUUCUUGUGAAAACUGACAGCUCUCCUUUCAGAAACGCUGCAUCGCCGCUGACUGAGAGACCGUGCUACAACAGUAGAGCAUCAAAGCUGACUUACUGA